GCUUAAUCUAAAAGUGAGCCUUUCUUGUGUUCGUAGGUGUACUUGAUAAACAUUGAUAUUCUUUAUCAACUCUAAGUGCUGAUUCAAUGCAAUAUAGCUGAUUCCUUUUAUCCAUAUCUCAAAAAAAAUUUAUGUUCUUAUAGUUAUAUUCGCUAUGCAGGAAAUUUAUAUUAUACCGUAUCAUCGGUAUUAUGAAAGCUCUAUCAACAUUUCUAACAGUAGUUCAGUAAUAAACUGGUUAUUCGUCCUAAAUCAGUGAUUUUUCAAUGAAAUGCCUUCUUUAUAUAAAUGAGCAUGCUUGUUGCAUCGAUUCAUUCUUAUAAAAUCCUUUAAUUUAAUCUUUUUGUAGAUAACCUUUCAAAUAACGGUGUGCAUCGAUAAAUAUAUAAAAUGUGUAGUUGCAGUAAAAACAUUUACACUUAUGAAAAGCUGUCUGAGAUCAAAGACUUCCUGACCGAGAAAAUCAGCAUACAACCAAAAAUUGGAGUCAUAUGUGGAUCCGGGCUAGGGUCACUGGGAAACGCUAUCACAGACGCCGUUUGGAUCAACUACGCCGACAUACCAGAUUUUCCAGUCAGCACGGUAGAAGGACAUGUUGGCAGGUUCAUUUUCGGUUGUAUUCGUGGCGUACCAGUGGCGUGCAUGCAGGGUAGGUUCCAUUAUUACGAAGGAUAUCCACUGUCAAUAUGUGCAAUGCCUGUUAGAUUGAUGAAAUUAUUUGGCAUUUCACACUUAAUCGCCUCAAAUGCAGCAGGGGGACUGAACCCUAAAUAUAAAGUCGGAGACAUAAUGCUCCAGAAGGAUCACUUUAACCUAAUGGGUCUUGCAGGACUAGGACCUCAUAUAGGACCUAAUGACUCCCGAUUUGGACCAAGAUUCUUUUCUAUGUCAAAUGCUUAUGAUGAAAUUAUACUAACUAAGGCAAAACAGAUCGUAGAACGACUUAAUAUGCAAGAUAAGGUCCAUGAAGGUAUCUAUACUUGCGUUGGUGGUCCAAAUUAUGAGACAGUUGCUGAUGUUAAAGCACUGAUCAAUUUAGGUGUAGAUGCUGUUGGAAUGUCCACUGUUCACGAAGUGAUAGCGGCCAGGCAGUGUGGGAUAAGGUGUUUCGCGUUCAGUUUGAUCACCAACGUAUGUUCUGCUGAGUAUGGUGUCGAUUGUACAGAUAUUCAUUCAGAAGCAGUACUCGAAGUGGGCAAACAGAUGCAGGAGGAGCUGCAGAUUUUCGUGGAAGAGGUCGUUGAAGCCAUUAGCCAAGAUAACUAACAAAUGUAACGCCUGAUUUCUGUAUCAACCCUCAGAUUCUUUUUGCAGUGAUCUCACUAUAACAGAAACAUCUGAGCUAUUCUCACAACAUAUUUGUUUGUUUUGUUUUACUUUUAUUUAUAUAUGCUAUGCACCUCCUCUUCGGACGAGUCUUAUGUCAUUUUUAUAAUCUAUCUGUCUAUGACGUCUAACGAAAUAAGAUAGCACAAAGUGCCAUCUAUUACUAGAACUGACUAAUGCGAGAGUGGAAUAGUUGCUAUCACUGAUGACCAAUCAUGGUGGUUGGACGUACUAAAGCUAUAUUACUAGUUUGUUGAUUGGCAAGUAGGUCGCUUCUACUAUACCGCCAGAAUCGACGGCAUCUAGCGGCAACAGUGGUGACCCGGCUGUCAAAUGUGGGUUAGCAGUUCCAACACAUAGCUUGCUAUCUCACUUUCGCAGUGGCAGAUUCUGUUCAUGGAUGGCGCUUUGUGCUGUCUUAUUGUCUCUGUAACGCGUGAAUUACGAGGUGUACACAGAAUACCCAUCUACCAUUACGGAAGCGUUUUUAGUAAAAAAGCGUUUUUAAAAAAUGGUUUUUGAAAUGAUUAACUACAUUGGUCACUCAAAAGCCAAGCUUCAAUAUUUAAUUAAUCCUCUGUUGCAUUACUGACGUACCUACAUAUGUCGAUGAAAAUACAGGGUGCGGCAGAGAGGAUGGACGGUUUUAAAAAAAUCAUAAAAUAGUGAAUUUUUACUCGAAAACAAAUUUAUUGAUGGAAUCAGGUUCGCAAGGAAAUAGCAUUUGAAACAGCCAAGUGUGGAAAAUCACAUCAGGCAUGUGGUGGCCGAAAUCGUAGAUGCAGUGCUGGAGGCGUUCUUGGAAGUUCGCUUUCGUAACUGUUGCACAAUGGCCAAUUUGUAGGGGUGAAAGCGGAGAUCCAUAUGCAAAAUUCGCCUUACCGAACGAUCACUAAAGCGAAGUGCAGCAGCAUGUUUCCGGGCAGAUCGAGUCGGACUGCGAAGAAAGACCUGUCGAACGCGUUCAACAUUUUCAGGAGUUCGAACUGUUCGCGGCGCUUCUCUUGGUCUUUUGUUGAUCAGUUCACCACGCCAGUGAAGUGAUUCAACCCAACGAAGGAUGGUGUUUCGAGAGGGAACAGCUCUAUUCCGAUGAAUGUUGAAGUGGCGACGAAACUCACGCUAUACGACGAUGACUGACUCAUUAUUUCGGACGAAACAAUCAUAGGCGAAAACGCGGUGCUCCACCGUCCAAGGCUCCAUAACGACAACUGGUAAAAUAAUGCUAGGAUCUCACGAGUCGAACGGCACCCUCCCCACCUCUCUCGUAGACGGUGGCGGGGAGUACUACCCAUCCCAAAAACGUCCGUCCUCUCUGCCGCAUCCUGUAUACUGUUGGACCAGCGAAAGAUUGCAAGCCGAAAGAAUGCGGACAAAAAAUUGCGAAGUUGUCAGAUGUUCUACAUAAAAUGCGGUCCAUACAUAUUAACAUAUUUAAGAUAUAGAAUUGUUCCGCUGAAUUUGGCAAUGUAGCUGGAAAACCCAGGCCGCAGGUAAACAUCCGGUCGCUGAUUGGUCCAAAACUCUUAUCUUAUCUGAAACUAGAAUAACGUGCCGAUGGCACGGUCAUUUAAAAAAUAUAAACCUACUCCCAUAGGCGUAGGCAGUUGGCAAAUACUUUGAAAAUAUAAUUUACUGUUUAGUGGUGAUAAUGGAAUUCAAGCAUGGGAAAGUUAUUCACAGCCAGGCAAGGGAAAUAAUAGCAAACGUGAUACGUGCUUGCGAUGCAGAAGCGGCUAACAAUACUUUCGUUUAUCCACUGGUAGCUAGAAAUGCAAGGGCGGCAUAUUAUACGGGUGUUAGUGAACGAACUAUAAGUAAAAUUAGAAAAGAAGAUAAAGACAGGC